UGCCCGGGCCUCGCUUAGCCCGUGCCCGCCGCAGUCCCUCGUAGCCCGGCCUGCCCCUCGCUCCCUGCCCCGGUAGCCCUGCUGUCACCAGCCAAGUUGGUGAGAGUGACGCUCAUAGUUUUCUCCAGAUCAGUUAUUUGUUUGAGAAGUUACUUUUUCACUUCUUUUUUCCUGAUUUUUGGUCGGCAAGUGCUUGGUAGUGACUCUUUUUAGUCCCCCUAACAUUGACCAAGGAAACUUUGAGUUUAGCAGGAAAAAAGGAUCUGAAUUUCCUCUUUUCUCACAUUUCUCUUUGGGACUGUAGAAUGCUUCUGAUUUUGCGAACUUAUAGCAAAGUAAGGUCAGUCUGGAUGUAUACUAUAUCAUCAGAUCUUAGCUUAACUCUGCCUCUGGGACAGCGCCUUUGCCAUCCUCUGGCUGCUGUGGAGCUGUGGGAAGUUUUAACAAGGAUCACAAUAAAAAUCCUAGGCAAGAGACGGGGCAAGAGUAGUUGGGACAGGGGUGUGCAAGGCGCUGGAAGCUGAUGGCCGAGUGAGCUGUGCGUUCCACCACACAUGGCUUUGUGGGCAGCGCUUCUGCUUUUCUUCGCGCCUCAUAGUUCUAUGGUAGGUUUGCGUUUUCCUUUUUAAUCUCAAAAUACAAGCACAGAACAAGGAAAACAAGUAGAAGAACCCCAACAACAAAGAGGCAGAUGUGCGUACAGUUUGAAAUCGUCUGAGCAUUUUUCUUGCAUUAGUUUUUCUUGGCAGAGUGAAGGCGGGUAUUGUGCCUAGGGUGUGUAACACUUUCCAAAUCUUUUCCGAACUGAGGAGAAGCACCAUGAUGAAAAUAUGACUCCAGUGUUUUGAUGUGUUAUAUUCUCAUCUACUAUUAAAAAAAAUAGUAAUUGAAUUUGGAAAUAACAGUGUAAGGCGGCGCAUGUGGCAUCAGGGAGACGUCAGCUGGCCUGAGCAGCGCUGUGGCAGAUCUGGCAGAUUUGGAAAGCUUUCCCCCAGACACAGUUCAGGAUGGCUCCUUCCAAGGACAAGUAGCUUCCUUGGCACAGGACUGUGGGGCGCACUCGCCUCGCGGCACUAACCUCCUGCCUUGCUUUGGCUUGUCAGGGCUUUAGAAACCAACUAGCCUAUCAGUGGGACGGAUUUUGCCUAGAUUAGCCUUGUUUUCAUGCAGUAAUUUCAAAAUAGUGACUGGAGCAUGACAAAAAGUGGAAGUGUUGAUUACGAUGUGCUUUAGUAAAGCUUGGAUCUGUAAACUAUGCUUAUUGUGAGAAAUGACCGAGUAACUUUUUGAGGCAGGAUUCUAGAAUGCAUUGCAGUGCCCAUGUCUUUCCAAUGGGCUGUCCUUGCAGCUCGGAAAAAUGCCCACUGGCAGCGGCCACUGCCCGAGGAUCUCCCGGCACAGAAAGGCCAAGAGGGAAGCGGGGCUGGCGUUGGUGGAGAAGGAAUGUCUCUCAUCCUGACUGCUUGGCUGCUGUUCCCUGUUGGGGUUCCCAGUUCCUGGGUACAGCCCUGUGGCACAGCAGGGGCACGGCUGUAGCUUGGCCUCAGGCACUGUACUGGUGAGUGAAGGCAGCGCUCAGACCCGGUGUAAGUGCGGCCCUUCUGUCUCCAAGGUGCGCAGUUCAUUUUCCAAGAAAAGCUUACUUUCUGACUCUUAGCAGAGAGAUUUUUAGGAUUUUAAUCCGAAGCAAACCCAAGUAAUUCUUUCUCUUAGUCAAACUUAGUCAAAAGUUGCAUGUUCUUGGCAUGUAUGCCUUAGCAUUUACUCUGUUGCAUCCUCCUGGGGUUCAUCCAGUUUUUACAGGUGGGAUUCAAGACAGCUUUUUGGGAAAGAGGACAGUUUGAGCCCUGAAAUCUAGAUUCAGGGUAAGGCGUUGGAUCUUUUAGGCUCACAGCUCCAAAAAAUUACUAACUCUUCAUCCUGAAGGUUCAGCUCCCGAUCCAGUGUGGGAAAGUUUGGCUGAAAUUCUGACCUUGAAGCACAGGGAAGCCGAGUCCAAAGUUGGGAGCAUAAAUGCGGCACAAUCAGUGAUUUUUAUCACUAAGCAAAAUCAAUGUGCGGAAGUAAAGGGGAAGAGGCCAUUUAUGUUACAAAUAAUUCUCUGGGUGCUGAUUGCAUAGGUGAUGUAGCUGCUGAUGCUUGGAGUGAGCUGCAUUAGUGUUGUGGCCAGACCCUCUGCUGCCAAGGCUCAGCAGGGGGAAGCGACUCACGGAGCCCAGAACAAACACGGUUGUGUAGGUUGCCAGGUGCGCCCGCUCCCUGCAUAAUGCGACGCCCAGCUCCUCUUCACAGUACAGGAUUGCACUGUUCUCUUCAAAUUGGGUGCAUCGACCUGAAACAAGACGUGUUCUGAGAGGCAACGCGUCUGCUCCUCAGAUCCAGAAUAAUCAGGUGACAGAGUUCACUGGUGAGCCUGCAAAUGCGGAGCUCAGAGCCUGCCAGUGGUAGUCCUUUGGCCGCAGGAUGGUGGGGCUGCGCAGCGCAGGAGGCGUCCUGAUGUCACAACUGGGAAAUGUAGGGCUUUGGCUGUUUGUGGGGUACUCAUUAAUGAGUGAAGGAUCAAAAGGUGGGACGGUGGCCAAGAAGCAAUGGAGAAUAAAAGUUUAGAAGGUUCCCCGUCAGAUCUAAAGUUAGUGGCUCACCCGAGAGCAAAGAGUAAAGUGUGGAAGUACUUUGGGUUUGAUACCAAUGCGGAAGGAUGCAUAUUACAGUGGAAGAAAAUCUACUGCCGUAUUUGCAUGGCACAGAUCGCCUAUUCGGGAAACACGUCCAACCUUUCCUACCACCUCGAGAAAAACCACCCCGACGAAUUCUGUGAAUUUGUGAAAAGUAACACCGAGCAAAUGAGGGAGGCCUUUGCUACUGCAUUUUCAAAAAUCAAGCCAGAAUCGUCGCAGCAGGUUGUUCAAGAUAGUCUCAUCAUGAAGACUUACCAGAACUACGAAAACAAAAAGCAUCAGGAGCUGACAUCUGCAGUCAUCGGCUUGAUCUGCGAGGGCAUGUAUCCUGCUUCUAUUGUUGACGAGCCCACUUUCAAGGCUCUCUUGAGAACAGCUGAUCCCAGGUAUGAACUUCCUAGCCGGAAGUAUUUCUGUACAAAAGCUAUUCCUGAAAAAUACAACACCAUUAGAGAGAUUGUGUUAAAAGAGCUCACUGACGUCCUGUGGUGUGGCAUAUCCACAGACAUGUGGAGAAGUGAAAACCAGAACAGGUCAUAUGUAACUGUCGCAGUUCACUUUCUCAGCAGCAGUCAUUCCAACUGCCUGGCGGUCAACUCGCGUUGCUUAAAAACGUUUGAAGUACCGGAGGAUAAUACUGCAGAGACUAUUACACGAGUCCUUUAUGAAACAUUCAUCGAAUGGGGGAUCAAUACAAAAGUCUUUGGUGCUACCACAGACUACAGUAAAGACAUUGUGAAAGCUUGCUCUCUCCUAGAUAUUCCAGUGCAAAUGCCUUGCUUGGGGCACACUUUUAAUGCCGGAAUACAACAAGCUUUUCAGCUCCCAAAGCUCUGCGGCCUUCUUGCCAGGUGCCGAAAACUGGUGGAGUAUUUUCAGCAGUCUACGGUAGCGAUGUAUAUGCUGAGCGAGAAGCAGAAGCAGCAGAACAUUCUGCACUGCAUGCUGGUGAGCGAUCGUGUUUCCUGGUGGGGCAGCACACUCGCCAUGCUGCAGCGCCUCAAGGAGCAGCAGUUCGUCAUUGCGGCCGUGCUCGUGGAGGACAGCAACAACCACCAUCUCAUGCUGGAAGCCAGUGAGUGGAAUACAAUCGAAGGGCUGGUGGAGCUGCUGCAGCCUUUCAAACAGGUCGCAGAGAUGAUGUCUGCUUCCAAGUACCCCACAAUAAGUAUGGUGAAGCCCCUUCUCCACAUGCUUCUGAACACUACCCUGAACAUCAAAGAGAAUGAUUUGAAAGAAAUCAGCAUGGCAAAGGAGGUAAUAGCUAAGGAGCUGUCAACUACCUACCAGCACACUCCGGAAAUAGACAUGUUCCUCAACGUUGCCACUUUCUUGGAUCCUCGCUACAAAAAGCUGCCUUUUCUUUCAGCCUUUGAGCGGCAGCAGGUGGAAAACAGAGUGGUUGAAGAAGCAAAAAGCCUGCUGGAGAAAGUAAAAGAAAACACAUUUCGGACCGAGGAAAAGUUCUUCACGGUUUCAGAAGAGCCUCCAGUGAAAAAAAUAAUCAUCUCCUCCACUCCUCCUCCUAGUAGCGUAAUCAACAACAUGCUUGCAGAGAUCUUCUGCCAGACAGGAGGUGUAGAGGACCAAGAGGAGUGGCACGCUCAGAUUGUUGAGGAAUUGAGCAACUUUAAGUCUCAAAAAGUCCUUGGUUUGAACGAAGACCCGCUAAAGUGGUGGUCUGACAGACUAGCACUGUUUCCAGUUUUACCAAAGGUUCUUCAAAAAUACUGGUGUAUUUUGGCUACAAGGGUCUUCCCCGAACGCCUUUUUGGUUCUUCUGCUAAUGUUGUCAGUGCAAAGAGAAACCGGCUGGCCCCAGCGCAUGUGGACGAGCAGAUCUUUUUGUAUGAAAACACUCGGAAUGGGUCCGAGGCAGAACCGGAAGAUGAAGAUGAAGGAGAGUGGGGUUUGGAACAGGAACAGAUUUUUAAUUUAAAUGACUCGGUAAAUGUAAACAACAGUUUCUUUAAUAUCCGAGACAGUGGGUUUGUUUAACAGGACUGCUGCAGUACAUUUAAUAACAAAGAAAAAGGUAUUUGUCAUAAGUUACCAAAAAUACUUGUUUAUGCUAUGAAUGCUGUAAAUAUUGAAUGGUUGUAUCAAACUUGAUUUAGCUUCCAUUGCCUAUGUUUUUCCCACUGUCUUAAAACAUGAAUGACUUGUGAUCAAACAGCACUGAAAUGAAUGAGGAAAUAAAUUCUACAAAGACUGUGUUUUCUGACUGUGGCCCAGAUCUCAGAGAACACUUAGCCUUGUGCUUCCCUUCCGCUUAUUUCACUGGAAGAGAAACACAUGUUUAUGUGCUUUCUGUAAUGAAAAUAUUUUUCCUCAGUUAGGACCUAAGCGAGGGAAUUGUUAAGAUUUAUGCCUCCAACUAUAAAUCCCACGUGACUUAGGGCGUUAGCUUUAAAUUUUGGAUUUUAAAACAUUAUUUUUAAAUUCCAUAAAUCAGAGCAGCAAGGAUUUUUAGAGUGUAUAGAUGAUAAAGAAUGAAAAAAGAUCAUGAGCCUGAUUUUCUUUUUCACUACCUCAUGUCUUAGGCUUGGUCUAUGCUAGAAAAGUUCAGCUGGUAUAAUUCUGUCAGUUAAGGGACUGUGCUACUAUUUUAACUGGCAUUGUGCUGGCAUAGGCUGUAGUGUGGAUGCUCCAAGGCAUACUUGGAGAAUUUAUUUGGCUUUCCAGUGUGGUGUAAAUGGUAUAAACACUUCCAGACUGGUAGUGCUAUGUCCACGUUGCUCAGGUUUUACCAUUGAGCUGUAGCAGCUAAAUGGCAAAGCCCUUUUUGUCCAGGCAAGCCCUGGCUGUAGUCUGUCCUGCUUUUAGAAAGUGAGUUGGGUCUAGGCGAGGUUGCUGUGCAGAUGUUGUAGCUGAUGCCAGAAGUGCAAAGCAUCACAGGCAUCUAGGGAUGGAGGGAGGGGACAAAGGGGGCAGGAGGCGUGCCAGAGCCGUGGGUCUAGCUGUGUGUGUGUGUUAUACAUUACUUAACCUUUUAAUUUAAAUGGGGACUUUGUCCAGGGUAGCUUAGAGAAUUUUGUUGGUGAAAAAAGCAAUAUAAAAACUUUAAUAUUAUGUAAAUAUAUUUAAAAGAGGGAGACCUUCCAUUUCCCCACAUGUAUUUAGUGAGUCUUUAGGAUUGUUUCUUGUUAUUUUAACACUUAAAGCUUUUUUUUUCUUCUCCUUUUUUGAUUCAGUUUGUAGAGUGGAGUCAACCAUUUGAGUGCUGUUUCUAAUUAGUUGUUAUGUAUUGCAAUUGCUUCCUGUGUGUCUCUGGGCCUAAGUGUUUUCAGCCCUUUUGAGAACUUGGCCAAAAAAAAAAAAAAAAGUGGAAAAAAGCCCAACAAGGAAAACCCCAUGUCUCUUAUGAAAUACUGGAGAUCAAAUCAAACAUGACAAUUUUUCACACUUGGCACUGAGUGGGAUGGUAGCCAGCAAUUCUCUGUGAGGUGUGGGGAGGAGUUCUGUGGCUGUAUUUGUGUGUCAGGCCUCUUGUACCCUGCUCACAAUCUGCUGGGAGAGCUGCUCUUGCCCAGUUAGAUGCCAGCACUUCCUACUGGUGCUUAAAGGAGUUGAAAAAUGCCACUGAGACAAAUUCUGAAGUUCUGUGCCCAGCUGCGAAGAGCUACCUCUGCUCCGCUGCCCCACUGUGGUCUUGAGGACCGUGCUGCCAAAGAAACACAUGUGUGGUGACUAGGGUGGUGGUGGGAAAGGCCGGUGUUGUACAUUGGCGUUGAGUGUCUGCGAGCACGCUGAGCGCGGCCCAUGUGGAGAAAGGUGUGUGGAAGAUGGUCAUACACUGAGAAGACAUCUUGAUUUUUGUCAUCGCCGUGGCAUCUGCAGACGUGUGCUUGUAGAAGGAGGCUGGCCAGAAGGACGUGUGAAAAUGUAUUCAAUUCCACCAUCAUUUAUGUUACCAAACCAUAUAUUUAUGUGUUGGCUUAGUAGCUUUUUACAGAUUGGAGGCCUAUGUGGCAGGAUGGGGUGGCUGAGUAUGACUGCCUGUGAUGCAGAAUGAAGGCGUGGUGUGAUAGACGUGUGAGGGCCACAGAGCCAAAUCAAAGAAGGGAGUGAGGUGCAGCAGUUUCCUCUUUUUUGCCCCCUCCUUCAUGUCACCCUGCAUCAUGUAAGAACACCUGGGCAGUUUAUUUUCAUCUCUGCUAGCCACUGCAGAGCUUCGGACUGCUGGCAGAAAGUGUGCAUGGCCUGCUGAGCCAGCCUGGGACCUGAGCACACAGCAGGGCUUGCGGCCUGCUCCUGGGUGCGUCUGCCGAGCAGUGUGGGGCAGUGUUCCCUUCCACCUUGCAUCCUUUUAUUUAUUUUUUUGGUAUCCAAAAUAAAACUAGUUGGGUCAAUGGAAAUGUCUCAGCAUUCUCCUGAAAAAAAGAAAAAGAAAAAAGCCAUUGUUAGUCCUACUCAUUGUCUGUGACAUUUUUAUUUAAUGUUUUAAGCUUGGAAUAUUGUUAAAUAAACCAGAAAAAUACGUUAGUUACUG